AUGGCGGCAGACAACGAGGCUGCUGUCGCUAGCAGCGCAAGCGAAUCCAAGCCUACUCAGGGCUCGGGCGACUCCAAUGCCGCUUCUAACAAUGGCCAGUCGCGCCAGGAUGGCAACCGUCGCAAUCCCCGACACGACCAUCGACGACCUGGCAAAGGGCGCGCCGAGAAGGGACGUGGUGAAUUCGGCCGUCAGAAGGGCGACAAGCGCAAGAAGAACGACGAGUACAAGGAGUACAAGCGCCGCAAGCUGAACAAGCAGGGCGAUUCUGCGGAUGGCGAGUCUAGCAACAACCCCUUCUCCAAGGAGGAGAUUGCUGCCGAAGAGCGACGACCGAAGCGAAAGGUCGCUGUCAUGAUUGGAUACGCGGGCACUGGCUACAAGGGCAUGCAGGUGAACGGCAACGAGAAGACCAUCGAGGCCGACCUGUUCAAGGCCUUUGUUGCUGCUGGUGCUAUUUCAAAGGCCAACGCCGACGACCCCAAGAAGUCGAGUCUUGUGCGAUGCGCCCGAACCGACAAGGGCGUGCACGCUGCCGGCAAUGUCAUCAGUCUGAAGCUCAUCAUUGAAGACGAGGAUAUUAUCGACAAGAUCAACGCCGAGUUGCCAGAGCAGAUCCGUAUCUGGGGUAUUCAGAGGACGAAUAAUGCCUUCAGUUGUUACCAGACCUGCGAUUCGCGAUGGUAUGAGUAUCUCAUGCCCAGCUACUGUCUUCUGCCACCUCACCCCGAGACCUUCUUGGGCCGAAAGCUCACUGAGUUGGCCAAGGAGCAUGGCGUGGAGGAUGAACUGGCUGCUAGUAUGGAGGAUGUCAAGGACUUCUGGUCCGAGGUUGAGGAGAAGGAGAUCAAGCCUAUCCUCGCGAGACUUGACCCCGAGACCAAGGCCGCUGUGAUGGAGAGGAUGCACGUUGCAGAGGAGGCAGAACCCGAAGCAGACAAGGAGCCCACAAAGGCUGAGGAGGGUGCAGCUGCCGAGGAGAAGCCCGCCACUGAAGCCCCUGCGGCAGAAACCGCUGCAGAGACUACCGCAGAGACUACCGAAGCAGCUACCGACCCCGAUGCUAUGCAGACCGACAGUAUUCUGGAAAGCCACAAACCUAAGAACCGUGAGCUUGGUCCAGUUGACUUCGCUCUUCGAGAUAUCAAGGCGGCGUAUGUUGCCGCGAAACGACGAUACCGUAUCAGCACCGGGCGUCUGGAACGUCUCCAGGAGGCCCUCAACAAGUACAACGGCACGCGCAACUUCCACAACUACACCGUUCAAAAGUCCUACUUUGACGCCUCCGCGAAGCGACACAUCAAGUCUUUCGUGGUCAACCCCAAGCCGAUCAUCAUCAACAAUACCGAGUGGCUGUCUCUCAAGGUCCACGGACAGAGCUUCAUGAUGCACCAGAUCCGCAAGAUGGUCGGUCUGGCAAGUCUGAUCGUCCGCUGUGGCACACCCCUGAAGCGCAUGGACGAGAGCUACCAGAACCAGAAGAUGGCGAUCCCCAAGGCUCCCGGCUUGGGUCUAUUGCUCGAGCGCCCCGUGUUCCACAACUACAACCGCAAGGCGACUGAGUCACUCGGAAGGGAAGCGAUCGACUUUGGAAACUACGAGGAGAAGAUCCAGGAGUUCAAGGAUAAGCAGAUUUACACACGCAUCUUUAGCGUAGAGGAGAAGGAGAACUCGUUCCACAUGUUCUUCAACCAGAUCGACCAGUUCAAGACAAACCACUUCCUGUGGCUGACGGCUGGUGGCAUGAAGGCUGCUGAGAUCGCCAGGAAUACGACCGGCGAGAAGGUGCAGCAGGAUGUCGACAAGCAGCUGGGUGAUGAGGAUGAGGACCCUGAGGGCGGAGAGGGUUAA